UUAAAACGCUACUUGUACACACAUGUAAAUAUUCGAAACGAGCACGUUGUGUUUUUAUAAAUAUUGUGAGAAGUUUUAUACAUUUAAUACUUAUUAAUAUAUUAACAAAAAUGUCUGAAGAAAAUAAAGAAGAAAAAACAAAGGCAAAAAAUAAACGGUAUUUUGUUGAUCCAGUAUCAGAAGAAGAUGUUGAAAAAAUCAAGCAUAAACCUAAAAACCAGCAAGAGUUCCAAGGCGAGUUUAUCAAAGUAGAUGAAAAAACACAGGUACCACUUCCAGCUCAUCUGAAACGCAGAAGCAAAUACAACAAGGAUGCCCACCAACUUGAAGACAAGAAACCAAAAAUAUCAAAAGAAUUAUUAAGCAAAUAUGAGCGUGGUGAACAAGUCGAAGAGGGGGGCGUCAAGACGAAAUUCUUCAAAGAAAAACAAAAACGCAAAGAAGUUUAUUUGGAAUAUGCCACAGAACAAGCAGCCAGAACUGAGCUACUAUUAACUGAACAACAGGGCUUUAUAGAAGCAGAUGAAGGCGAAGUGACUGCAGAUUACAGGCAAGAGGAAAUUGCCGCAAAUGUCGACAUACAAUCGGCUGCGAAAUUAUUCAAAUUGAAUUUAGAUUUUGGCCCUUACAAUAUGCGGUAUUCUAAAAAUGGUAGACACUUGUUAUUGGGUGGUCGCAAAGGUCAUAUAGCAGCAUUUGAUUGGAUCACUAAAAAGUUGCACUGUGAGAUGAAUGUUAUGGAGGAGGUGGCUGAAGUUAGUUUUCUUCAUGUUCAUACAAUGUUCGCUUGUGCCCAAAAGGAUCAUGUUUAUAUAUAUGAUAAUCAAGGCACUGAAUUGCAUUGCGUCAAAAGAUUGUUUCGUGUUAAUCGCAUGGAAUUCUUACCGUAUCAUUUCCUACUGGCCACAGGCAAUAAAGAUGGCUAUGUCUCCUGGUUGGACGUAUCAAUAGGAGAACUAGUGGGGAACUACAACACAAAAUUGGGAGAUAUACGUAUAAUGCGGCAAAAUCCAGGAAAUGGUGUACUUUGCAUUGGCGGUGGUAAGGGUGUUGUAUCAAUGUGGUCUCCCAAAGUUCGAGAACCUCUGGCUAAAUUAUUGUGUCAUUCAACACCAAUGUCUGCACUGACUGUUGAUCAUAAGGGUCAACAUUUAGUGACGGCUGGUUUAGAUCGUAAAGUAAAAGUGUGGGAUGUAAGGGCUUUAAGUGGACCGUUAGCAGAAUAUCAUUUACGAUUACCAGCUAAUCAUGUAGAUGUUUCACAAAAAGGAGCUUUAGCAAUUUGCCAAGGCAACUAUACUGAAAUAUACAAUAAUUUGUUUAUGGGCGAAAAAACAAGUCGGCCUUAUCUGCGAAAGAAUUGUGGUUCUUUUGUACAUGGCAUGCGCUUUUGUCCAUAUGAAGAUAUUUUGGGUGUUUCCACAGCCAAAGGUUUCCAAUCCUUGUUGGUGCCUGGAUCUGGUGAGCCUAAUUAUGAUGCUCUAGAAGAUAAUCCAUUGCAGACUCGAUCACAACGUCGUGAACACGAAGUGCACGCUCUGCUAGAGAAAAUACCAGCAGAACUUAUAACAUUAGAUCCAAAUGAGAUUGCUACCGUUGAUGCUCCAACACUGCAGGAGAAAAUCGAUGCUAAACGUUCUGUAUUCUUUGUUAAACCACCACAAAUUGAGUUCAAUUCUAGACACAAAAUGAAGGGCAAAGGCGGAAGUGCGAAGGCAUCCCGUAAUAAACAAAUUGUGAAGGAUCAAAAGAGAAAGGAAUUCAUACAAAAUGUACGUGAAACAAAGCAAAAUAUCAUAAAAUCUCAUUCAACUGAAGAUGGUGAUGACUUUAUACCUUUGGAAAAUGAAGCAAAACCCAGUGUAUUGGAUCGUUUUAAGCCAAAAGCUCUUAAAAAGAAAACAUAGGUUUAUAAUCCAUGUUGUCAUUUUAGUUAUACAGUAUGUAAUAGUAAUUUUUAUUAUUAAAAAAAAAUAUACCUACAAUAAAGAAAAUUGUAAAACUGUU